AGGCGUGGUAAGUGCUUUCAGUGUGGAGAACGAGGGCACUUUGCGAGAGACUGCAAGAGAAAGACGGAAGAAGUUUUUCAAGUUGAGUACUUUAUGCACGCAGAGGAUGCUUUAGGUGAUGGCGCUUGUGAUGAGGAUGUGUGGAUGGUGCACCCAUGUGGUACCACGAAUCAUAUGACUCCAAACGAGAAGUACUUCUCUGGAUUAGACAGAACACAUAAAGCUAAUGUUGGACUAUCAGACGGAAGAGUUGUCAGGGUUGAAGGAAGAGGAGAUGUGAAGAUUAUGAUGAAGGAUGGGAAGAAGAAGACGAUGAAGAAUGUGCUUUUCGUUCCUGGGUUGAAGGAAAACGUGCUGAGUCUUGAUCAGUUGACAGCAAGAGGCUAUUCAGCAAGAAUGGAACCAAAGAAAUGCACGUUUCGCGACCGGACUGGGGCGGUGUUUGGGGAGCCUGUGUGGGAUGAGAGAGGACCAGCUCUGCGUUUGAAUGUGGUUGAAGGUAAUCUCACCUCUUAGUCAGCUCUAUGCUUUUCACUUUGGUAACGGACGUAACUCGUAAGGUGGACGUAUGUGUUGUUCUUUUAUUUUCUUUUGGUGUUUUCAUGUUUUCAGUUCGGUCGUUUUAUUUCUAGUUUUUGCUACUGCGGUCGUAUGAAUCAGUCUGUUGUCCUUUAAACGUUGGACGGCUUUGGUAUUAAUCUAGUUCCAAACAUUUUUA